AUGCUUUUCAUUGACUCUAAUGCGACCGAAAAUCUUUUUACUGGUGAUGAAGAGUCGCAGAAAACUAAAGCCAAGAAGAGAAGUCGUAAAUGUUUAAAUCUUAAAGACCUUUCUAAUACAGAAUGCAAGCAAGAAUUCCGUUUUACCCUUCCAGAGCCCUUGGUAUACAAGUGA